GGGAGGGUAGAGACUGUAAGAGGCUUUUCUGGUUCAAUCUCCCAGUAACUGUCAGAAGCAGUCAGUCAGUCACCUGCAGAUGAUGGCGUCAAGGGGGUAUCUUGGCCAAUCCAGUUACUCAUGUUUCAGUUCCUUGCAAAGGUUUGUUGUUCACCACUCUCACACUGAGCUGAUGAAGAGAAAAAACAUGAAGACAGUUCACACGUGUGUAGUGAAUCUUCAAACCACCUUUCGUGCAUUAAUUUACCUUAAUUUUACUUUAAUUGUGAGUGCUUUUCUUUCACUCGUUUAACUUCUUUUCUGGUGAUAAAAUGUUGUAUCGGAUAUGAUUGACAGUAUUUUCAACAUGUGAUUUUCUAUGAAUUUCAAUAAACAGAUUUUGUGACAUUGCUAUGACAGAAAAUAAUUUAACUGACUUAGAUAUAAACAAAUGUUUCCCUUUCUCUCACAUGGACACUUCUGUCUGCCUGUCUCUCUAUCUGUCUCUCCCCUCUGUCUCAAAGGAGCUAAACUGGCGGCAUAAAAGUAUUCUGGGAUUUGACCUUUGUCUCAUUCACAGCUCUGUCUCUCUGAAAAAACAACACACCUCUACAACAUGUUAAUCCUCAGUGGGGAAAGUGCGUUCAAGUGUCAUCUUGACCCAUCCUUCUCCUCCUCAGUCCUCCUGCCUCACUCCACCCUACACACCCAUCUCACCCCACCCCAUCCUGCAUUAAUGCUCCCAAUCCUCUUUGUAGGAGAGUGACGUCUGCUACUGUCAGAAACAGAGUUAAGCUCAGCAGGCACCAGGAGAACAGAGUAGAGAGAAGCUUCAUAGAUAAUCAAGCAGCAGUGCACUCUGGGCCUCUAGAGGGACACGUCUGUGCCACCUCAGCAAGAACUGACUCUCCUCCCGAGGGGCUGCUCAUGCCUCCAGCUGGGAGACACGGAUUUCUAAAUUCAGUGUGCUAAGACUUAAUCAACAGGUUAGCUGAAAGCUCUGUGCUCCUGCCUGAGGGCCUUACUGGCCUCAAACUCCGGUGACCAGAGCUGAGAAACAGGAAAACAAACUCUGGACUUUUGUUGCUGCUUCUUCUGCAGUUUUGGGAUUAUUGAGAAAAAUCAUCUGGCCAUACUGGAUGUAAAACAGAUGGCAAAACUGCUUCCUCCCAAGUUCAGCUGUGCAUGAAAGGUAUUUAUGUGAACAUACACUCAAAGCUGUUUAUCAGUGCUGGGAGCUGCUCGGACCACUGUUAACUUGCUGGUAAAGGUGUGAAGCUGUGUGCAUGAAACAGGUCAGAAGUGCCGUGACUGUGUGUGUGUGAGUGUGUGUGUGUGUGUGUGUGUGUGUGUGUGUGUGUGUGUGUGUGUGUGUGUGUGUGUGUGUGUGUGUGUGUGUGUGUGUGUGUGGUGUUGGGGCCCUGUGGAGGUCGUAGCCCUGGAUUUAUUAGAGAUGGAAGGUCAUGGUUAUGACCGGUUUGGAGAAGGGGACAGAGACACUUACCAAAUCGACUACCGGAGGAUCGUUGGGGAUAUGGAACCAGAGCGGCCUCACAUCUUAAACAGAGAUGGGGAACAACCUCUUCCCUACGGGGCCUAUGUCCCCCCCUCACCACAUGGACAUGGGCAUGAGACUGCAGCCCAGCGCUACAGUGCUACACGUAUCCAAGCUGGAUAUGAACCAGAGAGCAUGGCAGACUACUUGAUCAGUGGAGGCACAGGUUAUGUUCCUGAAGAUGGACUAACAGCACAACAACUCUUUGCAAUCGGCGAUGGACUUACAUACAAUGACUUCUUGAUCCUGCCUGGUUUCAUAGAUUUUACUUCUGUUGAGGUGGAUCUUACCUCUGCAUUGACAAGAAAGAUAACACUGAAGACACCUCUCAUUUCAUCUCCCAUGGAUACAGUCACAGAGUCAUCCAUGGCCAUCGCCAUGGCAUUGAUGGGUGGGAUUGGAAUAAUUCAUCAUAACUGUACUGCUGAGUUCCAGGCCAAUGAGGUCCGCAAAGUCAAGAAAUUUGAGCAGGGCUUCAUUACAGACCCAGUGGUGAUGAGUCCUCGACACACAGUGGGGGACGUGUUUGAGGCAAAGACACGCCAUGGUUUCUCUGGGAUCCCUGUUACAGAGACUGGCAAGAUGGGCAGCAAGCUGGUCGGUAUCGUCACAUCCAGAGACAUAGACUUCCUGUCUGAGAAGGACCAUGACAGACCCCUGGAGGAAGCAAUGACAAAAAGAGAAGAUUUAGUUGUUGCCCCUGCUGGAGUCACACUGAAAGAGGCUAAUGAUAUACUGCAACGUAGCAAAAAAGGUAAGCUCCCCAUAGUGAAUGACAGUGAUGAGCUGGUUGCAAUUAUUGCAAGGACCGACUUGAAAAAGAACAGAGAUUAUCCUCUGGCUUCCAAGGACUCUCGCAAACAGCUGCUGUGUGGAGCUGCUAUUGGCACGAGGGAGGACGACCAUUACAGACUGGACCUCCUCAUGCAGGCUGGAGUAGAUAUGGUCGUUCUGGAUUCCUCCCAAGGAAACUCAGUGUAUCAGAUCAACAUGAUAAACUACAUCAAACAGAAACAUCCUGAACUACAGGUAGUCGGAGGAAAUGUGGUGACAGCUGCUCAGGCCAAAAACCUCAUUGACGCUGGUGUAGACGCCCUAAGAGUGGGCAUGGGAUGUGGCUCCAUCUGUAUCACACAGGAAGGUAUGAUAAAUAAUGCAGCCAUGUCAACAACAACCAGUCUAUUUUUAUUAUUACAUGUAACACAGGUUUAUACCAUACACUAUUGCUCUUGUUCCUCAGUGAUGGCAUGUGGACGGCCCCAAGGAACAUCGGUGUACAAGGUUGCAGAGUAUGCUCGACGUUUUGGAGUGCCAGUUAUUGCUGAUGGAGGCAUUCAAACUGUUGGACAUGUUGUGAAAGCUCUGGCUCUGGGCGCAUCUACAGUGAUGAUGGGGUCGUUGCUCGCAGCAACCACUGAAGCCCCAGGAGAAUAUUUCUUUUCAGACGGUGUGCGUCUGAAGAAGUACAGAGGAAUGGGCUCCUUGGACGCCAUGGAGAAAAAUAACAGUCAGAAACGCUACUUCAGCGAGGGAGAUAAGGUGAAGGUGGCUCAAGGUGUCUCAGGAUCAGUAACAGAUAAAGGCUCCAUCCAUAAGUUUGCUCCUUAUCUCAUUGCUGGUAUCCAACAUGGCUGUCAGGACAUAGGAGCUAAGAGUUUGUCGAUUUUAAGGUCCAUGAUGUACUCUGGGGAGCUGAAGUUUGAGAAAAGAACCAUGUCCGCUCAGAUGGAAGGAGGAGUCCACGGCCUUCACUCUUACGAGAAACGACUUUACUGAGAGUGGAGGAAGAGGAAACACUCGCCUAGGACCAAAUGUCCCGAUCCCAGCAGCUAUGAGCAGAGGCACCGGGCGCAUGUGAUCAAGCUCAACACCAUUCACACUCCAACACUGUCUUGUCUCCUCAUUGACCCCUCCCAAGAUAAACAAAACAAAACACCUUAAGGUGAAUUUGAAGAUUCAUCUUUGCACUCUUUCAACCACUCAUGUCCCCACAUAAACUCAUUAUCUGUCUUUCUACCCGUGGGGCCAAGGUCUAGUUAAGGUAAUGUAAUUAACUAUUCUCUUGAUCCCCUUCAACAAGCAAACUGAUUUAAUUAACUACUUUAGGACAAGCUUAUCAUUGCUGACGUAAUAAAAGGCCCCUUUCUUGUUGACCUUCAAACUGCACCAUAUAGAUACUGGAUUAUACAACAAGGCUUACAGAGGUGCAGCCCUAUGCCUCCAUGCACAUUUUGUAUUUAUAACAAGAUAUUUUUGCAGAGAAUCUAGCAGUUAGAUAUUUUAUUAACAAAAGAAGGAUAAAAGGUAUUUGGCAUAAAGUUUCAACAUUUUAUUUUAUUAAAAGAAUAAAGAACCAAUAUAUUUGAUGGUUUCACUAUCAGCUCUCUGCUGACACUUUGUGUAUAAAGCUAACCAAGCCUGAAAGAAACUCAUAGUAGGUCAAGUAAAAUGUUGUUCUCUUUAGCUUCUCACAACAGUUAUAUCUUGUUUAAGCAAAUACCUUGCAUGUAAUUUCACCUCUAGCCGAUGAGCUACCUAAAUGUACUGCUGCUGUUUCAGAAGGGACCAAAGCAUAGCAUCAGCUUUAAUUCAUACAUACAUAUUUGUAACAAGGAGCGCUUUAAAGUGAUAAUGUGAAAUCGCACUAGAUAUUCCGCUGUUCACUUUAUUUGGCACAGAAAAUACUAAUUAACACAAUAUGUGAUUGACAAGACUGAAGACUACACAUUUUAGUGUGAUUAUAAUUGACAAAUAUCACUGUCAUUUUGAAUUUCCAAUACAGAUGAGUCUGUGUCACAUUGGUUCUACGUGUUUUGAUGUUCCAUAGUUUCAUUUUGCAAAAAGAACAUGGUAAAUUAAUUAAAUAAAAGGUUUAUAUUUGUAUAUAAUACAUAACAUAGGUAGUUAUUUGUCCUUUUUUCAGGCUCAGUCUUUAAACAAUUAAAUGCUGAGUCAAUGAAAUAGAGCUAUGAAGUCAAGUUGGAUUUAUUUCUUGAUAAAAUUGUGAGCAAAUGUGAAUCCAAGUUAAUUUAUCAGUUUUUAAAUGUGAUUUAUUUGUCUGGGCGGUACUUACCAUCUUUGGUAUUACACAUGUUGGUCCACGAUUAACAGUGGGACUUUAUUAGUAAUGACAUGCAGCUAAAGAGCUAAGCUAUUGAACUGGCUGACCAAAUUAUUUUACAGUUCCUAAUAAUUUAAAUAUAUAUAUAUGACUUGUAUCUUGUAAUGUAUAUUUUCUUCUAUCACUCAUAAGGCUUUCAAAUUAAAAUCUCUGUAAAUAGUGUUGCAUGAAUAAAGACAAUUCUGACAAGGUCAUAUUCAUAUUGUUUUAUUUUCUCUCUUAUAUCUCGAGAAAAUCCCACAUUUGACUUAUUUGACUAACAAGUGAAAUGUGUUGUUACCACUAGAUAACACUAUUUUCAAAAUGUUACUACUUCAAUUUUAAAUUCAAGCCUCUCACAUUAACUGUGGGCCCAGUGUUUGCCUCCCUCCGGUAGAUUAAAAAAACCUCAGAUUAUUGCAUAUCACUGUAGGUGCUACAACAUUCUUUACAUGUAUCUUUUAAAAAGAUAAUUCUGACAUUGUUGGCCAAGCAGGAAAAACAUGGAAGAAAACUCAUCCUGUAUAUGACUUUGUUUUGAAUUUCCAAAUGUAUUACAUCACGCUGAAACACAUAAUAAUCAAUUUUAUGAAUGAACUACAUGCCAAAAAUGUUUGCUCAUAGUAGUUAAUGUUUGCCCACUCUGUACACAACUCAAUAAACAGCUAGAUACUGA